GCUCGUCGUAGGCGCUAGCUUCCUGCAGAAGGAUUUCGCCGGUUGUGGAGCCGCAAUCUCAAACAUGUUCAGAGCCGCCGUUCGACUCUCAGUCUCCGGUGUUCGGAGUCUAGCGCGUACGCAACCACGGUGCCAAGCUAUUUUGGCAUCACGGUUGUACUCUCAUGGAAAGGUAGAGACAGACGAGGAGUUUGAUGCUCGCUGGGUUACCUACUUCAACAAACCAGACAUUGAUGCAUGGGAACUAAGGAAAGGAAUGAACACACUGAUCGGUUAUGACUUGGUACCUGAGCCAAAGAUUCUUGACGCAGCACUGAGAGCCUGUCGGAGGUUAAACGACUUGGCAAGCGCUAUCCGAAUUUUGGAAGCUGUGAAGGAUAAAGCAGGGCCUCACAAAGAUAUCUACCCAUACGUUAUCCAAGAGCUGCGGCCGACAUUAGAGGAGCUUGGCAUUUCCACACCUGAAGAACUGGGAAUUGAUAAAAUCUAGAUGAAUGGUCUGAAGCCCAUGGACCUCUGUCUGAUAACACCCCUUGUACUUUAAAUGUUUGCCUCAUUAAAUAAUACUGUGUGAUAUUUAAUUGGCCUUUAUUAAGUUCUUUAUGCUUGUAAAAUAUUGAUGGACAUAAUAAAGGAGAUGUACCUUUUAA